AUGGCCAACCACAAUGGUUUGAUUACUGAUGUGGAUCUGAGGAGUCAUGAAAACAACUUGGCUCAUCGCACCAGGGAGAUUGACAGGGAGCGCCUGAUUGUUCGCAGGGGUCAGCCCUUUUCCAUAAGUUUACAGUGCUACGUGUCUUUGCCCCCCAAACACCAACUGGAACUGAUCCUGCACCUUGGUAGUAAAGACGAGGUAGUGAUCAAACUUCAGAAGGGCCGUGGGGCCGGGGACAAGUGGUGGUUUAAUCAGCAGAGAGCGCAGGAUGACAUUUUGCUGACUCUGCACAGUCCAGCGGACGCUAUCAUUGGCCAGUACCACCUGGCCGUGUUGAUGAUGUCACCUGACGGACACAUUUUAGAGAAAACCGAUAAACUUAGUUUCCACCUACUCUUCAACCCGUGGUGCAAAGAUGAUGUAGUGUACCUCCCUGACGAGAGUCUCCUUCAGGAGUAUGUUAUGAAUGAAGAUGGGAUCAUUUUCAUGGGCACCUGGGAUAACAUCAACAGUAUUCCCUGGAAUUAUGGACAGUUUGAGGACUAUGUGAUGGACAUGUGUUUUGAAGUCCUUGAUAAAUCCAAGGAUGCCCUGAAAAACUCAGAAGUGGACAUUAAGCAGAGAAAUGACCCUGUCUACGUCAGCAGGAUGGUCACAGCAAUGGUCAACUCUAACGGAGACAGGGGUGUUUUGACCGGUCGCUGGGACGAGUCGUACACUGACGGAGUCGCACCUUACAGAUGGACCGGCAGUGUGCCGAUCCUCCAACAGUGGAGCAAUGCCGGGGCGAGGGCGGUCAAAUAUGGCCAGUGCUGGGUGUUUGCUGCUGUCGCCUGCACAGUGCUGCGCUCUCUGGGAAUCCCAACACGCCUCAUUACCAACUUUUCUUCAGCCCAUGAUGUCGAUGGAAACCUCUCAAUAGACUUUCUGCUGAAUGAAAGACUGGAGAGCUUUGAUGGGAGAAACAAGAGAGACAGUAGCUGGAAUUUCCACUGUUGGGUCGAAUCCUGGAUGAGGAGAGAAGAUCUCCCCAAAGGAAACGAUGGCUGGCAGGUUUUGGACCCCACCCCUCAAGAAUUGAGUGAUGGUGAAUUUUGCUGUGGCCCGUGUCCAGUGACAGCCAUCAAGGAGGGAAAUCUCGGAGUAAAGUAUGACGCUCCUUUUGUAUUUGCUGAGGUGAAUGCUGACAUCAUCUACUGGAUCGUCCAGGCAGAUGGCCAGCGGCAGAAGAUCAGAGUUGAUCAGGCAAGUGUGGGGAGGAACAUCAGCACCAAAAGUGUUUACGGCGACUACAGAGAUGAUGUCACUCAACAAUACAAAUAUUCAGAAGGCUCCAAUAAAGAGAGAGAUGUGUACAAGAAGGCGGGGCGCCGGGUCACCAAUGAGAUCACAGAACCAGGACAACUGAAGCUGUCAAUCAAGCCUUCUAGGCCUGUACUUGGGACGGACUUUGAUGUGAUUGUUGAGGUGAAGAAUGAAGGAGCCAGAGAAGCUCAUGCUCAGCUUGCCAUGGUGGUCAUGGCUGUAACUUACAGUUCUCUAAACCGGGGAGAGUGUAAAAGACAAACAAUCAGUGUGACAGUGCCAGCUCACAAAGCCCACAAGGAAGUGCUGCGUCUGCACUAUGAUGACUAUGUCGGGUGUGUUCGUGAGCAUCAUCUGAUCAGGGUGAAAGCCUUGUUAGAGGCUCCAGGGGAGAACGAACCCAUCAUGGCCAUGGCCAACAUCCCGAUGAGCAUGCCUGAACUACUCGUACAGGUGCCUGGGAAGGCUGUUGUAUGGAAUCAAACGACCGCUUUGAUCUCCUUUACCAAUCCUCUACCAGUUCCUCUGAAGAGUGGCGUGUUCACUGUGGAGGGAGCCGGCCUACUGUCGGCCACUGAGAUCUCUGUUAAAGGGGAUAUUAAUCCAGGCCAGAAAGUGUCUGUCAAGCUCUUGUUCUCCCCCGUGCGGACAGGGGUCAGAAAGCUACUGGUGGACUUUGACUCAGACAGGCUGAAGGACGUGAAGGGAGUCGCCACGGUGGUUGUGUAUAAAAGACACAUUAGAUCUUUAAAUUAGCCCAGCUUUUCUAACAUACUGUAACUGAUUUGGCAGAAACUACUUAGCAGAUACUUUUGGUUUACAUUGUUUUUGAGGCAAUUUCUGCACGUUUUUAAAACGUAUAAACUGAAUGAACCAAUGUAUUAUGAGGUUAAUCGACCUUUCAUGGAUGAAAGAGGAGGAACUGCCCAGUUUAAAUGUAAAAGUAUGCCAAGUAUUAGAACACUACAUUGUAUGCCGAUAAAUUCAAUGACGGUUGUCUCUUGAAGGACAACUGUGACCUUAUUCACAAAUAAAUACCGGACACAGAGUUAGUUUACCUUACCUUAGAGCCACUAUGUGAUAGACUUAGAUAUUUCUGACUUUGCAUUAUGCCUGGCACUAGAUGCCUGCAUAGAAAUGCACAGAAAGACAACAGGUAACCACCUUUAGAUGAUAGACCUUCCAUUUUGGCUAUGUUCCUCCUCUGUAACAUUUCUCGUAUUCCUUACUUGACUACAUGGCCAUGUUUCUUACUGUCUUCGUUCCCUUUACCUGGUUCAAAGAGCUGUGUUUUAGACCCUGAUUGUGAAAUUAAAGGAAGCAUUACCAUCAGUGCACACAUCAGAGCUGAAGGGUUAACACAUUGUGCUUUGUUAGGUAUGCUUUUGGAAAAUGAUCUGCUGUAUGUUUUGUUUCUUAAUGAUCAAUGUUUCCCAUUUGAGUGAAAACAUGAAGAAAGAAGGAAAAAGAAGAAACUAUAAUUUUUUCAUUGAAUUAAAUCCUUUAUUUAUGUUUUGUUUUUUGUUAUAAUGCUGUGCGUUCACACAUUAUGAUAUACAGUA